AUGGCAUCCGGAAUACCGAAUAAAAAGGAGAAGCUAAGCUUCGGUAUAGAAAUGGAAUUCUUUUUAGCAUGGCGCGCUGAGAGUUUCACCGGCACGGUACCCGCGCCCCCGGGAUCCGAGUCAAAGACUGGGGGUCCCCUGGUGGUUAGGGGGAACUGGGCGAGAGAAAGUGACAUAGUGAGUGCUCUAGCUCUUAUGAUAGACGAGGCAUUCCCAUCAUCCGCAGCAACAGUCGCUCCGUCGGGAGGAGGGGUACCGGACUACGGAGAUCAGGAGUGGCAUCAUCUCUACCCCUUUCGCCGCUGGGAUGUUUCGUUUGAUCCUACACUAAAAAGGCUGCCUAAAGCGCUGAGAGAUAAAACCGGCCCGGAUUUCGGAUGGGUCGGUGCUGAAGUUGUUUCGCCAGCUCUCUGGGCUACAGACGAGGGCUUCGAGGAAGUCCGUAGAAUGUGUGAGUUCCUCCAGACAAACUUUUGGAUAUUCACCGCUCCUGAAGCUGGCUUCCAUGUGCACGUAGGUAAAGGAAACGAAUGGCUCUCUGUAAAUUCACUUAGACGGAUUGCCGCUUUUCUCUAUGCAGCAGAUCUGAUAUUAGCUCAGUCUCACCCUGAACACAGGCGCGAUAAUAUAUGGUGUCCGAGCCUACGCCUUUAUUCUAAUGUUUCCGUCGGGAUCAAGAAUCCCCCUAUCCAAGCUCAGCCUACUCCUCCAGACGAACCAACAGAGGUCAGGGCAGACGAACCAACCGAGGUCGGGGCAGACGAACUAACGGAGGUCAGGGAGCAAUCAGCGUAUGCUGGUUUCAUGAAGCUCGCACAGAACUUUUUCCAAAGUUGGGUAGGUCGUGCUGAGCCUCCACAAGAAAAUCAAGUCCUUACAAAGCAUCGAUUCCCUCCCCGACCAACCGUGAGUACCUUUAAUAUCAAUCGAGAUUCGGUAGAACGGGUCUUGGGUUAUCACGGGCCAACCCUCGAGGAGAUUCAGGACCCCCGAACUUACAAGCCGAUUCCGAUGAUGACCGCCGUUGCCGAAAUACUAAGAUCAGCGGAUAGAAGGUCCAUUGCAAGACUAAUGAAUAUCGGACAGAGGAGAGGAGCGUACAGCUUUCUACAGCUCGAGAGGGAACAUAAAAGAACAAUUGAGUUCCGCCAGGCUGCUAGCACAGUCGACCCAGUUGAAGUUGUUACCCACGCAAGAAUUGCGGUAGGUCUUUGCCAGUUUGCUGCAAGUGCUAGCCAUGAAGAUUUCUUCAAAAUAAUUCUUGACUGUGAAACGGCAGGGGAACAUCCCUCUUGGUACGACGUUUACGAUCUCCUUAAAGAGGUAGGUCUCUACCCCGAAGCUAAAGUCGUACAGGCAGUUUUAUCAGGGACGAUGACUGAUGCUAUGAGAAGAGAAUAUUGGUUGAGUCGUGGGCACGAACCACGCCCAUAA